AUGCGGUCUGAGGACCCUGUCCACAAAACACUGAAACGUAGCCGGGGCCCCAUAAAAACCGAACGGAUGGGUAAGGAGUUAUUUCAGUCAUGUCUAGGUCAUCAUUCUGGGACGGGUUACUCUUCAAACCACCAUCCUGUUCUCUACUACAGUUCCAGCCUGGACCGCUGUGAUAAUCCACAGAUUAUGACACAGAUUGUCCUCUCAUUGAUGGACAGUUUUGAGUCUCAGUUUAAGUGUCAUUAUCAGCGCCUGGUUCUGCCUAAUGGGACGGAGUCGUUGGCCUGCUUUGGGUCCAGAAAUGGAGAGAGUGGAUAUUUGCAGCUCGACACUCAGCCAAGACCUGUAAGAGCCAAACAUGCACAUAUACAGAGACACAGGAGGCUUCAAGAUAUUGUGCCAUGUCACUUUACCCUGGUACUUAGAGAGCAGUUUCCUGUUAAACUGAUUGGACCUCGAGAGGAGAGUGGAUAUACCAAGAGAACAAGUCUGCAACCAAACACUUUCCUACCUCAGCACAUUAACGUCGACUCUUGUAAGACACUGAAAAGUGUGAUGAGGACUGACUUCCUGCCCGGAUCUUUCUUACAGGGCAAUGAAGCAUUACCAAAACAUGCUUCUCAGGCACUUCGAGAAACUGGCUUCACAAGAGACACACAGAAGCCUUUGGCCAGUUCAGCUUCUUUGCAGAGUAACUUGAAUGAGGACAGCAGACUGAAGAACAGACCUGCCAUAGCUAGCUGGUCUGUACAACCUGUGUGCUCAUCAGGAUUCGUCCUGAACGCCCCCAACAUCACACGCCUCUCACAUACGCCAGCCGACCCGCAACACUUCCUCACACACUACCAAAGUUUUGUGAGCAUCAGAAAGCAGAAUGGGUGAGAGGAGGCAUACAGAGACACAGAGUGUGGAUGGGACACAGACAGGUAACAUGCAUACACCUCUCAUUCACAUACACCUGAAC